AUAUACCAACCUUAACACUCAAUUUGUGGCUUACGUAAGCUGUACAACCUCUUUUGUACAAAGUAUUAAUAAUUAGUAUAAAAAUAUCAAGUGUUUGUAUUUUAAGCAUAAUGCAAAACGUGCUUGAAACUGUACACAUACAAUAAGUUGUUCUGUUGAUGUAAAGAUACAACUUUUUUGAAAAAAUGGGAGGUCAUAAUCAUGGGUAUAAAAUACCAAGUCCUGAUAUAUACAAAGUAGAAGAUGUGCCACAGCUUAAAAUGGUCCAAGAGGAACUAGCUAAACUUGGGUUGAAGGACCCUUGGUUAAGAAAUGAAGUUUGGCGUUAUACAGGACUACCUGGUAAAUCACAUUUCUUACGAGUGUUUAAGGGAGUUACCACGGGUAUGCUAACCGGAUUUGCAGCAUUUUUAGUAACAAUAGGCAUAGAACAAUAUUUUGGAAUUACUUAUGGCAAACAUCAUGAUAAACAUCAUAACAAUGAUGAUCAUCAUUAAUAUUAUAUAAGGACAUAUUUGAUGGCCAGGAAAUAUUAAACAGUUUAAAUUACUGUUAUAUGUAUUAUAGCUUUAAAAAUAAAUUAAAAUUUGAGAUUUAAA